UUCUUGUGCACGUAAGCUACGUGACCACUACGUCAUCGGUUGUCUGUGUAUAUAAUAGCCCGCUGAAUAAAGCUUUUAUCAGUUGCUGAUCGUCUGGCUCCGAGUCACGUCCAUCACAAUUGGCGACGAGGCAGGCAGCGGACCGGCGCAGGCCCGACCAAUGCGCGCGGCGCUAUGCCAGUCACCGGCAUCGGGGAGUACCGCCUAGGUACAAGCGCGUCAUGGGAUGAGUACGUGGAGCGACUGGAAAUGUACUGCGAAGCGAACAAGCUUUCAGAGGGCGAAGAAAAGCGGGCGGUUUUGCUCAGCUCCUGCGGAGAAGAAACGUACAGUCUCAUCGUGACGCUGGUGAAACCCGAAAGGCCGACAGCUGCAACCUACGAUUGCAGCAAGAAAGCAGUCCGUGAACACAUGCACCCGAAGCCGUCGGUACUGUACGGAAGAUUUUUAUUUUAUAAGCGUAACCAAGCUCAAGGGGAAAGCGUCGCAGACUACGUGACAGCGCUGAGAAAACUGGCUGAAAACUGCGGUUUUGGAGACAAGACGCUUCCACUGUUCGAGAUGAUGCGAGACCGUUUCGUCUUCGGCAUCAACAACGAGGCGGUACAACAACGUCUACUGGCAGAAAGGAACCUGGCAUUCGCUGUGGCGUACGACAUGGCUGUGACAGCGGAAGUAACUCAACGACAGCAACGAGAAAUCAGGACACAGAGCCACAGUGACGCGAGCGGCACCGGCGACGCGGCCGUCCACGAAACGCGCUCAAAGGAACCGGCUUCGUCCAAAGAAGUCAUCUGCUACCGCUGCAACGGGAGAAACGUAUACCAGAAGUGGUGUCCCCAAGAAUGCUGCGUUGGAUGCUGCUUUUGGCGGCAUAUGACUACGUCUUGGAAUAUCGACCAGGCCCCCGCAACAGCAACGCUGACGCGUUAAGCCGUCUUCCAGCACCCGGACUCGAAGACGAGACGCAACCACCAGGUGACGUAUUGCUGUUGGAUGCAGUGGAUUGCCCACCGUUGCAAGCGACUGACAUCGCGGUACUUACCAAGAAGGACAGUUUUUUGUCCACAGUGAAAGAAUACGUUCUCUCUGGUUGGCCCACGCAUGUGCACAAUGAUUUUACGGCUUUCGAAGUAAGAAAAACCGAGUUGUCGCUGCACCGUGAUUGCAUCCUGUGGGGCAACAGAGUAGUUAUACCUCUAGUGGCAAGAAAAGAUGUUCUUCGUUUGCUGCACGCAAACCAUCCUGGCAUGAUAGCCAUGAAGAGUCAGGCAAGGUCCCUAAUGUGGUGGCCAAAUAUGGACAAAGAAAUCGAAGAUUUUGUGCGUCACUGUGACAGAUGCCAAUUAAACCGCCAAAGUGAUCCAAAAGAACCAGUGCACUUCUGGCUUAAGCCAGAUCAGCCUUGGAGCCGGUUGCAUAUUCAUUUUGCGGGACCAGUGAAAGGCGAAGUUUUUCUUGUCGUCGUAGACGCAUUUUCCAACUGGGCCGAAGUGCAGAUUAUGCCGUCCAUGAAAACAUCGGCAGUAAUUGCAACACUACGUGCGCUGUUUGCGACUCACGGUGUUCCGGACGUUAUCGUUUCCGAUAACGGAACAGCUUUGACGAGCGAGCAGAUGCAAGCUUUCCUGAAGUUCAAUGGCAUGCGUGCGGUGUUCACAGCGCCUUAUCAUCCCGCCAGUAAUGGAAGGGAAUGGUGCGGGAAGUAAAAGAAGCAUUGAAGAAACAGUCGGGGAACGACACACAGUGCAAGCUAUCUAGGUUCUUAUUGAAACAACAUACCACCCCGCAUUCAUUGUCAGGAAAGACUCCUGCGGAGCUCAUGAUGGGUAGAAAAUUACGCACAGCGUUAGACAAGCUGCACCCAGACCGUCAGCCUGCUACGUCUGGCUCUGUAGUGAAAGGAUUUGGUGUUGGUGAUUCUGUCUAUGCCCGAAGUUUCGUCGCAGGACCUCGGUGGAAGCUGGCGGAAGUCAUUAAAGUCAAGGGUCCUGUAUCGUACCUGGUGAGGAUGGCCAAUGGCGACGUGCACCACAGGCACCGAAACCAACUGAGGCACGCAUGGCUAACAGCAGAGCCACCAGAGCCUCUACCCGACUACCAUUUCAGGCUUCCUCCGGUGCGAGCAGCUGAAGACG